AUAUGGACCCUGGACUGUUUUAAUGUAUCAGGUGGAGUUAUUCACCAGCUAUAGAGUGAGUUGUUGUUUAUGUGUCUAAGACUGCAGGGUGGGAGAUGCAACAAUGUCCUUGAGAACAGCAGGAAGUGUGUUGGGGGUCUUUGUCUGGUCUGUAGCAGUUGUAUUGGGGCAGAAUGGCUGGAGUGUUACAUACACCACUCAGAGUAUCUGUGUCUUGAAGGGGUCAACAGUGGAGUUGACCUGUUCUUAUUCAUAUCCCAGUGGUAAAGUCACAACAACCCUCUGGUUCACUGAAUGGGGGACUGGUGUAGAACCUAAAGAUCUAGGUCAGGACCCAGAGUAUAAAGGUCGUCUGGUGUAUCAUGGGGAUAAGAAGAAAGACUGCAACCUGAAAAUCAGGGACCUGAGAGAGAAAGACUCAGCUACGUACAAAUUCAGAUUCAUAACAGAUCAGACCGAAGGGAAAUAUUAUGGAGAUCCUGGAGUCACUCUGUCUGUUACAGGUACAGUUACAUUCUAUAUACUUGUGAUCCUGGAGUCACUCUGUUACAGGUACAGUAACAUUCUAUAUACUGGUGAUCCUGGAGUCACUCUGUCUGUUACAGCUCUGCAGGUGAAGGUGACUUAUUCAAGUUGGAAAAAAUCUGUGACAAUUACCUGUAUCACCACCUGUACUCUGACUGACAACCCCACCUACAUCUGGUACAAGAACGGACAGAAUGUACAAGGUGUCUCCUCCCCCAUGUACUCCAUCAGCAGUGAGGAUGCAGACAGCUACUUCUGUGCUGUAAAAGGACACAAGGAUCUCAGCUCUCCUACAGUGUAUAAACCAAAGACCUCAGUGUCAGUCAGUCCCUCUGGUGGAAUAGUGGAGGGCAGUUCAGUGACUCUGACCUGCAGCAGUGAUGCCAACCCACCUGUCCAGAGUUACACCUGGUGGUACAAGAAGAAUGGAGGUGACAAUCAGAGUAUGACAGGACCACAGCAUGUCUUCAACCAAAUCCAGUCAUCUGACACUGGAGAGUACUACUGUGUGUCCCAGAAUGAGAUGGGGACAGACAGGUCUAGGACCAUUAACAUGGAUGUGAAGUAUGACCCAAGGAACACCUCAGUGUCAGUCAGUCCCUCUGGUGAAAUAGUGGAGGGCAGUUCAGUGACUCUGACCUGCAGCAGUGAUGCCAACCCACCUGUGGACAAAUACACCUGGUACAAGAAGAACGUAACCUCCCCAAAAGCAUCAGGACAGAGGUACAGCAUCACUAACAUCAUCUCUGAGGACAGAGGAGAAUAUUACUGUGAGGCUGAGAAUAAAUAUGGACGUCUUAACUCUUCUUCUGUGUCUGUGGACGUUCAGUACGGCCCAAAGAAAACCUCAGUGUCAGUCAGUCCCUCUGGUGAAAUAGUGGAGGGCAGUUCAUAUAAACUUUGAGAUUAGAUCAGUUAA